UCUCUCUAUCCACAUUCGUUAUCUAGUGAGUGAGGCAGUUCUGGUGUUGCUCCACACACACAACAAUGGCGUCCAUUGCGGUUAUGGCUACCACCACCGACACCAGCAGGUGGUCCAUGGCUUCACUGCGUUCUGCUUUGCCCUCUCCCUCUUCCGUUUCCUCUUCAUUGCGCUUCCCUUCCUCUUCACCUUCAUCUUCUUCUUCAACCAAGCUACGAAUUUCCAGAACCAAACCCAAAUCCCUUCUCACCUCUUUCACUGGACUUGCCCCUCUUAACCCUCUCUUCCUCUCCGCUCCUUCUUCAGAAUAUACCGGCUUUGAUCACACUUUCACCAUUGUUGACAAUGGUGGUCGAGUCUAUGCCAUGAGACAUGGGAAGCGAGUUCCCAAACUCAACAGGCCCCCUGAUCAGCGCCGCGCUCUCAUUCGGGGCCUUACAACUCAGCUCCUUAAAUAUGGUCGCAUCAAGACCACCAGAGCAAGGGCCAGUGCAAUUAGGAAGUAUGUUGAUAAAAUGAUCACUUUAGCAAAGGAUGGUUCUCUUCAUAAGAGGAGACAAGCCCUUGGGUUCAUCUAUGAGAAGCAGAUUGUUCAUGCUUUAUUUGCAGAGGUUCCAGACCGUUAUGGUGAAAGAAAUGGGGGUUAUACAAGAAUUAUAAGAACCCUGCCAAGACGUGGUGAUAAUGCCCCUAUGGCGUACAUUGAACUUGUGUAGUAAUCACCUUUAAUUUGGGUGUAAUUAUCGGUAAUCUCAUUGCAAUGUUGAGCUUGGCCAUGCAUCCAGUGGUAACAAUGAUUCUAUAGUUUUUCCUAUAUUAGUUGUGUUUGUAUUAUUAUGCCUUUUUGACUAGUUUUCAGUUUGCAUCUCUUUCUGUACUUAUGGACAAACAACCAUCUUUGAUGUUAAGUGAUCAUUGCAGAAGGUCAUAGAUUCACUUAUUUUUUAAGAUAACGUAUGUUUUAAGUGUGUUUGCAUUUGUGUUAUGUUUUUUUUUUAUUCUAAUUGUAUUAUGCUUUGGGACUCUUUCUGUAAUUAUGGAUAAACAAUCAUCUUUUUUCUCAA